AACAUAUAAUUUCGAGCGUUAAACAUGCAAUUCUGUGUAUUAAUCACAUUGCUGACUUGCUUUGCCUUCUCCCGUGGGGCAAGUGUGGCGCAGGAAGGAAUCGAGAAGCAGGAUGAGAGAGUGCGCUAUGAUAACUAUGCUGUCUAUAAAAUCAAUUAUGACAACUCUAUACAAAGGCAACUACUACUACAGCUGGUCAAGAGACAUGAAAGUUUCAGCCUGUGGCAUGAUUCCCCUACAGAGAUUCACUUGAUGGUCAGUCCACUUGCCUUGUCUGAAUUUGAGAGAAAUUUAAUCAGAGCUAAUGCAACUGCUGAAAUCUUUUUAGCUAAUGUGCAAAAUUUAAUCGACAAUGAAACUGAGGCGAAUGCAAAAGCUACUUCAUCAUUUGGUUGGACACGCUAUCAUAACUUGGCUGAGAUCGAAGCUUGGCUGGAUGAUAUACUCGCUACUUAUCCGGAUGUUACCGAGGGAUUCGUUGUAGGCAAAUCAUACGAAGGCCGUAAUAUACGCGGGAUAAAGAUCUCCUACAAAGCGGAUAAUCCAGGUGUCUUUAUUGAAUCCAAUAUUCAUGCACGAGAAUGGAUAACUUCAGCCACGGCCACUUGGUUCAUCAACGAACUGCUCAGCUCCACUGAUGAUUUGAUACGAGAUUUGGCCGAAAAUCAUGAUUGGUAUAUUGUGCCCGUACUGAAUGUGGAUGGUUUUGUAUACACACAUGAGAAGGAUCGUCUCUGGCGUAAGACUCGGCAACCAUCGAGUAUUUCGAGCUGUGUUGGCGUUGAUCCCAAUCGCAAUUAUGAUGUUCAUUGGAUGGAGAAUGGAGGAGCAUCCGAUGAUCCCUGUGCCUUGGACUAUGCUGGGCCACAUCCUUUUUCCGAACCGGAAAUUAAGGCAAUGUCAGAAUAUCUUGGCAGCAUUAAGGACAAAGUGAACGUGUUCCUAGCCUUCCACUCCUAUGCUCAGUUGCUUCUUUCACCUUAUGGACAUACAGCUGAAAAGUUUCCGGAUAACUUCGAUGAUAUGAUGAAAGUGGCCAAGGCCUAUGCCGAUGCAGUGGGAGCUAUGCCUUAUGGAACAAUUUACAAUUACAGCUCAGCAGCGGACAUACUCUAUCCCGCAUCUGGCGCCACCAACGACUGGGCUUAUCAGGAGGGCAUUAGGAUAUCCUACACUGUAGAGUUCCGAGAUAGAGGACGAUUUGCUUUUGUUCUGCCCCCUGCGUUCAUUAUUCCCAAUGCCGAGGAGGUCUUGAUUGGCAUUAUAGCUCUAAUUGAUGAGUGUAAAAAAUUAGGAUAUCUAAAUCUUAAAUAAAUGUUAUUUAAGCUUAUUAAACUUUUACAUUUUACCU